CUCGCUUAAAUCACGAGCACGGAAACGGUGUUUAAGUUUCGGUAUUACUGUCGUCUGUGAGAGUAUUUUAAAACUGCAUAACAGCUUGUAACGUCCACAAAAACAAAGACACUAACUUGGCCUGAAGGAUGUCUCAGGAAGGUGGACCACCCAUCCUCCUCUCCCUCUUCAUGUUUCUCCUAAUGCUGUCAGCUCAGUGUGGCUGUCACCCUUACUCUGCUGGAUCUAUAAGGUCUUUGGCUGCAGCUGGUGCUGUAUCCAAUCAAACUGCAAGCAAAGACAUAGCUGCAGAGGUUGCAGGCUAUACUGAUGUGGCCAAAAAGAUUAUUGACCUAGCUGUGUUUGGAGCUGCCCAGAACCGCUCUCACAGACGGCUGGCCGACUUCACCGACACCAUAGGGAACCGUGUCAGUGGCUCACACAACCUGGAGUUGGCCAUCAAAUACAUGUACAAUGCUAUGUCACAGGAUGGGCUGGAUGUACAUUUAGAGCCGGUCAAAAUCCCUCACUGGGUCAGAGGGAAGGAGAGUGCAGAAAUGAUUGCACCCAGGGCCAAAAGUCUGGCUAUACUGGGACUGGGUAGCAGUGUAGGGACGCCUGCUGAGGGAAUCGAGGCAGAGGUAUUGGUGGUUCAGUCUUUUGAGGAACUGAAGCAUAGAGCCAGUGAGGCCAUAGGGAAGAUUGUGGUCUUUAACCAACCAUUUGUGAGCUACGGGGAGACGGUGGCUUACCGUGAACUUGGUGCCUCUGAGGCAGCCAAAGUGGGCGCUGUGGCCUCACUCAUUCGAUCUGUUACUCCAUUCUCUAUUAACAGUCCCCACACUGGUUGGCAGGACUACCAAGAUGGAGUGAAGCGUAUCCCCACAGCCUGUAUCACCAUAGAGGAUGCUGAGCUGAUGUCACGUAUGGCACAGAGAGGCCAGAAGGUUGUGGUCAGACUCACAAUGGAAGCCAAGACUCUGCCUGAUGCUGACUCCUUCAACACAGUGGCUGAGAUAACAGGCUGGCAACACCCUGAGCAGGUCGUGUUACUGAGCGGCCAUUUGGACAGUUGGGAUGUGGGCCAAGGCGCCAUGGAUGACGGAGGUGGAGCCAUGAUUUCGUGGGAAGCCCUUUCCCUCAUCAAGGACUUAGGUUUGCGUCCGAGGAGAACCCUGCGAGCAGUGUUGUGGACAGCUGAGGAGCAGGGUGGGGUCGGAGCGCAGCAGUACUUUGAUCUACACAAGGUAAACAUGUCAAACUUUGACCUGGUCAUGGAGUCUGACAUGGGGACAUUCAACCCUGUGGCUCUGCAGUUUACUGGCAGUGAUGCAGCACGAAAGGUGAUGGAAGAAGUGGUCAAACUGUUGGCUCCCAUUAAUACAACCAAACUGGAGGUACACGGAGAGGGGACAGACAUCUCACCAUGGCUGAAGGCGGGGGUACCAGGUGCUAGCCUCCAUGUUGCGGACAGUCGGUACUUUUGGUUCCACCACAGUGAAGGUGACACCAUGACCGUUCAGGAUCCUCAAGAGAUGAACCUCUGCUCGGCACUGUGGGCCGUGGUCGCCUAUGUCGUGGCGGACCUGAAGGACAUGUUGCCCAGGUAGCCAGUUAGCACACAGGAUAAACAGGAGGACAGGAGGACAGGAUGACGGCUGUGGACGGCUGGACUGGUUGUUUCCAAAACACAUCAUCAAAUCCAACUUCUAUUAAAGAAAAACUUGAGACUGAAUGGAUUGAGUUUAAAGAGUUAGAGUAAAUCUUUGUUUACAAAUUGAAUGUGACUCAUGUCUGGAUAAAGAAGUGAAUCCAAGAGAUAAUGAUGAAGAGAUUGAGUGACUUCUCUGUACAUUAUUUUGAAUGGAAAGCAUAUGAAAGUCUUGUCAGGACCAAAGAUAGGGCAUGUAAAAGUUUUAUUGAAAUCCCAAAGCAACAUAAUAGAUGCGUAUAUGAUCAUGCUACAUGAUGUUGAUUCUACUGACAGAGAAGAGCACGUUAUACUUUGAAGGAGAGACAAACUGCAUUUUUUCCCAAGUAAAAAGCUGAUUUUCAAAAUGCUGGGUCACGGAUGGAGACUAUACCAAGAAAAUUAGAAUAGUGGCCUUUCUCAGGUUAUGUGUUUGACGUAAAGGAAUACUUUACCCACAAACUGACCAUUUGUAAAUCAGUUACUCACGCCAUGUUAUCUUGAAUCCUUAAAGAAAACCUUUUCUCACAUGCUUCCAAUGAAAAUAGCCAACAUAUUGAUUUACUGAUUGAUUAGGCACCACGUUUAACAACAGCAACUCAUGCAGUAUAAUCCAAGUCUUAUUUAUCCAGCCGUAUGCUCAGUAUUUCCCAAACAGACAGCCCUUUCUGAUGGGGUACUGAACUGAAAGUGGAACUAUGCUUCCUUUAAAGCCAGAUUCCAUUGCCAAAAACAGUAAUUUUACCUCACUGACCGUGGGAGCUGCUCGUCUGGCACUGCCUCUAUCACUUAGUUUGUUGUUUUUAUGGGACUUUGGUGUUUGAAAGAGUUAGUUUGGAUUCACCAAAUUCACACAAUAACACAAACAACCUUCUGAUGGAGGCAGUGGCAGACCAGCAGCUCUCAUGUUCAGUGAGAUAAAAUUACUGUUUUUGGCAAUGGAGUCUGGCUGAAGAGAGCAUAGAUACAAUUCACUUUUGGGUAAGUUUUGAAUAGUAAUGUUUAAGUGAAAAUAUAUAUGUUUGGGAAGUACUGAGCACACGACUGGAUAAAUGAGACUUGGAUUAUACUGCACGAGUUCUGUGAGUUUGUAAAAGGAUGUUUUGACAUAGUUUUGCUGUUGUUAAACGUGGACCACAGUAAAUCAAUGUGUUUGCUGUUUUACGUGGAGGCAUGCAAGAAAAACAAAGACUUCCUCACAAAUUCAAGGUAACGUGGCAUGACUAACUGAUUUACAAAUGGUUAUUUUGUGGGUGAAGUGUUCCUUUAAUGCCUUAAUGUGCUGCAAAAACAAACAAGCAACAACUAUGAGCUCAUUAGUAAAAUGUGUUGCUAGAUUGUAGAGAUGUUUGAAUGUCCUCUAAUUCCUGUAAGUUUCCAGUGUAAAGGGAAGAAGGUUACCUUUGAAAGUUAUAAUUCUAUAGUGUUUAUGUAUGGGUUUUUUUAUUUUUAAUUCCUGCCAACAAUCUGCUUAACUCGGGACAUUUUUUCCUUAAUGCCACAUUUAGAAGAUGUUAUGUAAGAUCUGACACUGAAAUAAAUAUUGCAAUAUUGUGAUAUGAUUAAAACAAGUAUUAAUCAUGGCUUUACCCCCGUCACUCCUAUCUGCUCUUCUGCUGAAAUACUUUGAAUUUUGCCAAUCUUGUAGUUUCUGAUGAUAAAAAAAGGAAUGUGAUGCAAAAUGAGAUGCAGCUACUUCAUGGAAAGGAGAAAUGGGGGGAGGAGGAAUGGAGAGGAGGAUGGGCGAAGAGCAGAUCGGAGAUCAUACGGAGGAGCGGAUGAAGUAAAAAGAAUUAAUCAUGUCACACAUACACACACACACACACACACACACAGCUGGGAUCUUUCCACCCUAUGAACUGAUAAGUCAGCACUCCCCUGAGGGGUGAUGUCAGGGUGAGUCAGCUGGCCAGGGCACAUAAAGUCAGCUAGGAAACACAGAUGUGUGUGAGUAGGUGUGUAUCUGUGUUAAAAAAACGCUGUGUAGCUUCUGUCUGCUGAGCUCUUCCUCAUGUGUCGGUAACACUGAUUCACAUGCAGACAGUUGUGUUAGCAAAGAAACACACAGUCUGGUGAUGUUAAACACACACUGAGUCACACGGAAGCACCACUGAGGAAAACCACAUGCACAAAUUAACGUGAGAAACACAGACGGGACUGGUUGAAAAUAAACAUUCAAUUUUAUUUAAACGGGGUCAGGUUUCAUUAGAUGAUCUGUAGAAAUCCAAAAUGACAUUUUAGAUUAUUUAAAGAACAUUUCACCCCUAUAGCAGCCAGUGUGAUCUAGUGUUAUUUUAAUGUUUUCUGAACCUAUUCUGAUCUGUUUAAACCUGAUUUGUCACCUUGUAUGUCUUAUUGUCAUCUCACCUUUAUGUAUUAACUUGAUCAAAAAAGCAUUUCCCCCUUUUUCUUGUCUUAAUACGUGUUUCUAGUAUUUACAAUUUACAUUAAACACCUUUUAGUGUUAAA